UACGAAAUCGGAGGUGCUAAAUUAAGCUCACUGCUCGAUUCUCGCAAUAUUCUCGAUUCUAUUGUCUUCUCUACCUCUAGUCAUCUCUCUCGCCUCGCUCAGUUUUAGCUACAAGACUGAUUAAAAAUAUCACGUAACUUGUGGGUAUUUAGAUUAAAUAAGAAUAGUUGUUGUUUGUUAUAUUUAACGUCAAAAUUGUCUAGUAAAAGUUUACCGAAGCUUACUUUGGUCUCUCUCCGGUGACUAAUCGUCUCGAAUCAGUCUCGAAGUUACAGUUAAAGCAUGAUAAGGACGUAAAAUUAGUAAACGAAAUAUUCUGUGUGAUAUAAAGAGUGACUUGUUGUGAAGUGAUUUAUAUGUAAUGUCUGACGGAGAUCCUUCUCUCGAAGAAGAUAUACCAAAGCCUUUGUUGGAAAAGCCCGAAGAAAAUGUGUUCACGCCAAAGAUAACGACUCCAAUAUUUGCUGGAAGCGUCAAGAUUCACCAUAAGCCAUCAGAUACUGCAGAAACUGAAUCGUUUUUAUCUGAUGCACAGCGAAAUGAGCUUGCGUUCCAACAGUUAUUCCAAGAUGGAGAUGGAGAAUUUCACGAAACGGAGAAAACGGCGCAGGAGAGGAUCGCCGAUCUGCACGCGAUGUCGGUGCUGAGUACGUACCAGGACAAUCUCUCGCAGGAUAUGAAUACCGACCGGGACAACGGUAGCGAAGCAUCAACUCGUGCCGCUGAAGAAUGUGGUUGCGGCGUAUCAGCCGCCCCAGCGGAUGUAAGCAACAAUAAUGGGAAACCCGUGGCGAAUCAUUGCUCGAUAGUGAUGGGCGGUAUACUUAACAAUCCAUCGUUAUCGUUCAACGACGGAGUGCGGUCGGUUGACUUUGUGUUGGUGUGGGAGGCGGGUAAAGAUGACGCGACAACUCGAGAGGCAUACGAGCACAGGCGAAUAUUUGAGGAGAACCUUGAAAAAGAGGGUUUGCAACUGGAAAAAGAAGCGCCUGAGGAACUAUACGGGUUGCACUUUAUAAAGAUACACGCGCCGUUAUCGGUUCUAAGAGACUACAGCGAAGUGCUCAAGCUAAGAAUGCCCAUGAAGGAAUGCAGUAAGAUACGAAAAGGGGGUCGGACGAAUGCCAUACUGAAUGCUGCGAUGUAUAUGUCUAAGUUUUCAGCGCUAAAAGAUGUGCACGAGAAGACCAACAGUCUACUAGACAAAAUUGACGAAUGUUGGGAUAGUGUCAUGUCGAAGAUAAGAGUCGAUCCCGCGCUGUUCCCAGAGCGAAAGCAUCGUUUGACCGCAAUAUAUUCAAAGGAUAAGGAAUACUUAUUCGAUACAUCAGUGGAAUGCUUCUGGACGCCUUCGAUCAGGUCUCGCAUAGUCCAGUUUAUCCUGGACCGCAAGAAGUUCUCUGAAACGGGCAAUGACGAUUUCGCCUUCGGGAUAACCAGACUAAUCGCCAAUAAUACGUAUAGCGCCGCAUAUCCCUUGCAUGAUGGUGAUCUGAAAACGCCAGGCUCAAUGCGUCAUCUCCUGUACACGGAAUGGGCGAGCGUUUCGAAAUGUAUAAAGUAUCAACCCUUGGAUUAUGUGAAGGAUUAUUUUGGCGUGAAAAUUGGAUUAUAUUUUGCAUGGCUCGGUUUCUAUACGCACAUGUUAAUACCCGCGUCUCUGGUUGGUCUUAUAUGCGUCUUAUACUCUGCUGCUACCGUUUACUCCAACAAGCCGAGUGAAGAAGUAUGCAACUACAACUCUACGAUAAAGAUGUGCCCGCAAUGCGACUACUACUGCGACUUCUGGGACCUGAAGACGACGUGCUUACAGUCACGGAUAACGUAUCUGUUCGAUAAUCCCACCACUGUUUUCUUUGCUAUCUUCAUGAGCUUUUGGGCGGCAUGUUUCCUGGAGCUGUGGAAGCGCUACUCGGCGGAGAUGACGCACCGCUGGGACCUCACGGGCUUCGACGUGUACGAGGAGCACCCGCGCCCGCAGUACCUCGCGCGCCUCGCGCACGUCAAGCGCACGCAGCUGAACGUGGUGACGGGCGAGCGCGAGCCCAUGGUGCCGUUCUGGCGCAUGCGGCUGCCGGCCGCGCUCAUGUCGUUCAGCGUGGUGGCGCUGCUCAUCCUGCUGGCGCUGGCCACGGUGCUGGGCGUGGUGCUCUACCGCAUGUCGCUGCUGGGGGCCAACUUCCUGCGCCAGCAGGACAACGUGCUCAUCACCUACAGCCCCAUCAUGUUCACGACGGCCACGGCCGCCUCCAUCAAUCUCGUCUUCAUCUGUAUAUUCAAUUAUAUCUACCAGUUCCUCGCGGAAUGGCUGACCGAGAAGGAGCUCCUUCGAACUCAAACGGAAUUCGACGACUCGUUAACCCUUAAAAUAUAUCUACUUCAAUUCGUCAACUACUACGCCUCUAUCUUUUACAUCGCUUUCUUCAAGGGCAAGUUCGUGGGCCGACCUGGGGACUAUGUUAGAUUUUUUGGUCAUAGACAAGAGGAGUGUUCUCCUGGAGGCUGUCUCCUAGAACUGUCGAUUCAGCUGGCCAUCAUCAUGAUUGGAAAGCAGUUCAUUAACACCGUCGUGGAGAUGAUGAUGCCUUACGUGCUAAAAUGGUGGAAUAUUCUUCGGGCUAUUGGGAGGAAGAAGAGGAUAAAGAGUCCGCUGCAGUGGGUGAAGGAUUUCAAACUAGUCGAUUUCGGGAACAUGGGAUUAUUUCCGGAGUACCUGGAAAUGGUGCUGCAGUACGGGUUCGUGACGAUCUUCGUGGCGGCGUUCCCGCUGGCGCCGCUGUUCGCGCUCAUCAACAACGUGCUGGAGAUGCGUCUGGACGCCAAGAAGUUCCUGACGUGCUACCGCCGGCCCGUGCCGCAGCGCGUCAGCGACAUCGGCGUGUGGUACCGCAUCCUCGACUCCAUCGGGAAGCUCAGCAUCAUCACCAACGGUUUCAUAAUAGCCUUCACAUCGGAAUUCAUACCUCGUUUAGUUUAUCAGUUCACGAACGGUUCUAUGGACCAAUAUGUCAAUCAUACAUUGACCGAUUUCAAAAUAUCCGUGCUGGGGAAUUUAACGAAAUCAACGUACAACGAAACUAUGUGCAGUUAUCCUGGCUACUGGCACUAUAAGGACGGAGAUGAUUACGAGCAUACGAACUGGUACUGGCACGUGAUGGGAGCCAGGUUGGCGUUUGUCGUUGUUUUCGAGAACGUGGUGGCGCUGGUGAUGAUAGUGGUGCGCUGGGCGAUCCCGGACAUGUCGGGCGAGCUGCGCGACCGCAUCCGGCGCGAGGCCUACGUCAUCAACAGCUUCAUCAUGGAGGAGACGCGCGCGCGCUCGCUGGCGCGCCGCUCGCCGCCAGUUGAUGUUGGAGACGAAUCCAAUUGGAACCACUUCGCGUCACUCUCUGGUUCAGACUUCGAUCUCGCAGCGCACGGGGAUCAUCAGGACAUACGCGACUUGUCCAAGCACGUCGUAACUCAACCACCAGAGGGCAUGCCUGGACCGGAACAUGUCUAACUUUAUAUUUGACUGAGAAGUAACCAUACAAAGAUUAUAUUAUCAAUAUGUCUAUUGCAUAUAAUUAUAAAGCAUUUAAACAUAUUUCCAUAAAAAAAAAACGCGCCAAAACUUUAAGUCACGUGACUGCUGUUAUUUAAACAUGUGACGUGACAAUACUUACGUUUAAAAGUUAUAUAUAAUCUGUAUUUCAAUACUGAGUAUUUGGUUUGUAUGAGGUAAAAUAAAUUAAUUUUAGAGCAAGUCUAUUUUCUGAAGAUAUUAAUAUAUGGAAAUUAAAUUUGAUAAUAGAUUCUUUAAAUGGUACUAUUUUUUGGAACUACUAAAAUUCAUAUGACAGUUUUUUGUUAAAAUAUUCAUAAUGUUCAUAAAAGAGAGGCGUAUGCGUCCUGAUGUUAUAUAGGUACGUAAAGAUGGAUACCGCGCGUUUUAAUAAUAUGUGGAAACACAAACGAUAUUUUUUCUAUAAAAUCCCCGAAUCUCCUAAAAUAAUAAAUUAUAUUAUUUAUAGAAUAUAUUUGUUCGAAAAUUAACUUUAUAAACUAAAAAUUACUUUAAACUUAUUAAAAAGUGUUGUCAACACAGGAAUUCGAGAUCUUAUUUUUAUUUAUACAUUUACAUAUUCUACUUUAAAAUAUUUUUCUAAUUUUCUAAUCAUAUUAAUCGAUUACUUGUUUCGAUGAUUUAUUUAUUAAAACUUAACUAUAAAAUAUAACUUAAAAAUAUGCUAAUUUCAUUCUUUUUUUUUUUUGUUGUUUGCGGUCGAGUCUCGAAAACAUAAUAUAUUGUACUUAAUAAGAAACAUAUCGUAAAUGAAAACAAGACGACGAAAUUAGUAGGAUUGUGAAGCUAAAUUAAUGUAAGCUUGCUAUGAAGCUCGAAAAUUCCUAAGAAUGUAUGUAGUGCAUUGAAAUAUAUAUAUUAAUGCUAUAAUGAAUAAAGGUUAUUUUAGUACGCAAGCCGUAAGACAUUACAAGUUUAUUUUGUGUUAUUGAAAUUAGAUGAAUCUCAUAUUUUAUAAAGCUUGUUAAAUAUAUAUAUAGACAAAUAUAUAUAGUCUGAUAUUAAUAAUUUAUUUAACAUCAUAUUUAUUCCGUUGAUUUCGUUUCGUUAAAUUUAUAUCGGUAUAAGAAAUGGAAGCUAGAUAUAUGUGUGUAACAUAGUGUUCAUUAGAAACAAUAAAAUUCGUAUUUGUAAAUGUAGUCGUCCAUUUUGUACGCUUAGCGCUUAGAUGUUGUCAAUUUUCAUUCUGUCACGUGUAUCUUCGAUAUCAAUAGUACAAUUAUAAUAUUUGAAAAUCGUGUUUCGUUACUGGAAUGUUUUUUAAAGUCCGUGGCAAAGGAAGGUUUUUGCAGCAAAGAGGUUGGUCAAUUUAUAAUUAAACCUCUUUUUUCAAUUAUGUUCGUUCGAAAAAAAUUUUGAAAUAAUUUUAUUAUUUCGUCAUGUUUUCAUUUGUAAUUUUUAAUAGUUCAUUUGUACGAGGCUUUUUAUUGGUAUUUACACGUGUAAUUAAACUUGAGCAAACAUUCGAAGUGAACAAUAGUUGACGAUCCGUGGAAUUAACAUUCAGUAUAAAAUGCUCUAAACUAAUUACGUCACAAAAAUAUUAUAAAAUUUAUUAUAUUUUAUUAUAAACAAUAUAGAAGACGAUAUAUUUAUUGUUAUAAAAAUUUUUGGUGCUAAAUAUAUUUCUUAAACGUAUCCUAAUCACAAUUUAAAUAUACAAUAUAUAAUGUAUCCUUUAUAAAGAUACUUGAAGUAUGGUUCCGUUAAUAAUCCUUAAACCAGGCAAGCUGGAGAUAAAAACAUGCUUUCUAUAAGAAAUAUUGUUUGUAAGACAGUGAUAUGAAAGAACAAUUCUUUGUCCAAGUUCAAAUAAAGUUUAAAUAUAUUUAUGUAUUAUAUUGUAUUCUAUUAUGUAUUCUUAUAAGGUCAACAAUACAAGUUCUAAUCCUAUUUUCUUUAGUGGCUGUAUUAUCACAGUAACAGUGAGACCUAAGCCUUAGAUAAAGACUAUUCUACAAUCGCACAAAUGAUUAUGAAUUUAUGAUGAAGUUGUUGAUCUAUGCCGAUGAGUAGUGAAGUUUCUUAUAGUUAUAUGUGCAUCUUGCUUAAUAUUCAUAUAUGUCAUGUUAUUAUAGUUGUUAAGCUUAGUUUGCAUUGAAUUUCAUUAGUUAAGGUCUAAAGCGAAGCUAUUACGAGUUACCAAAUUUUUUUUUAUAUAAUUUUGGCUGUGUUCAUUUAUAAUAUUUAAGUUGCUAAAGUUUCUGUUGAACAAAUUGUAAUUUAAUAAUUAAUUUAUGUAAAUUCGAUAACUCAGAAGGAUGCACGGUUGAAAGGAUUCAUAUCUUGACAAGUACGACAGAUAUGAAUGAAAUUCGUGCAAUUCGUGAAAGUUUGUGUAAAUGCCAAGUGAAGUUGGUUACAGGUGUACAGCGUGAUCAUAUUGUGUCUAUAUGGGUUAACGGUUUUACUAUACGUUUUUAAAUAAUGUUUUGUUAAAUCAAUCAAAAUAUAUACAAUUAAGCAUAUAAUAUAUAAGUUUAUCAUCCUUAGUUCCUAACCGGAAUGCAGGUUUUUUUACUAUACCUAUUUUUAACAUUUAUUUGUAUAUAAUGUUGACAGGAAUAUAUCAUAAUACCUUACUCGACCUAUUUAAUCAUCAUACUCUGUUAUUUUAAUGAAAGGUAACUUUUAACACACAAUAAACUAAAAUAUUUUCUAUCCUUUUUUAACUCCGUAAAUGAGAAUGAGGUGGCAAUAUCUUAGUCCUAUCAAAUAAGUUGCAACAAAGCCGGCUCUUUUAGAACGUUUUUACGGCGUUCUCUGUGGCACAAUAUCUGUAAAAAUAUCACUGUACGGAAAUGCAUAUUUAAAACAAUGUGUAGCGUUUUAAAAGUGCCUAUAAUAAAAACAUAAAAUUUCCUUAAGUAAAUAGAUCUUGAAGCUGAUCGAGUUCUAUGAAGACUCUAGGACUUAAAGAUUGCCUAUCCUUUUAAAUCGCAUACGUGCGAAGGAGGUAGCCAUGUAAAACUGUAAUAAUGAUAUGGUGGAUUCUUUUAUUAAAUAAUAUAUAACAUAUUAUGUUGUAAUACAGAAAGUUACUUCACUAAGUAUGUUAAUGUUUUUUUUUUAAUGUCAAAGUAAAGGUAGUUUUAAUUAGUGUUGUCAUUUAGAAAAAAAGCUUUGAAUGUUUAAGAAACGUUUAUUCGAUACAAUUUACCAUUUGCCCUAUAACAUGAAACGCUUGUAUUUAUAAAAUUUAUAUGAUUAUAUGGAGAGUUUAUUGGUA